AUGGUGGAUGUGAGCUGAUUGUUUUGGAAUCGUUCGCAUUAAAUUAGUCUGUUUGUAUACAUUUAUUCAAGAUGAUUCCGACAGAGGACGCGUCCGCCAGGAAGAAGGAGAUCGAGGAGAAGCUGAAACAGGAACAGGAAACACUGUCGUUUAUCCGUGAGAAUCUGGAAAAGAGUGACCAGCUCACCAAAGGAAUGGUGACGAUCUUGUCUUCAUUCGAGAGUCGCCUCAUGGCUCUCGAGAACUCCAUCAUCCCGGUUCAUAAGCAGACGGAGAACCUGCAGCGCCUGCAGGAGAACGUCGACAAGUCGCUGUCCUGCCUCGACCACGUCAUCAGUUACUACCACGUGGCCAAGGAUACCGACAAGAUCAUCAAAGAGGGACCAACAGGUCGACUGAAUGAGUAUCUCGCCUGCAUUGCAAAGAUCCAGAAAGCUGUGGAGUAUUUUCAGGACAACAAUCCCGACAGUCCUGAACUCAACACUGUGAAAGUACGCUUCGAGAAAGGUAAAGAGCAGCUGGAGGCCGAGUUCCGGGCCCUUCUAACGCGCUACAGUAAGCCGGUCCCGCCGGUCCUGAUCCUGGAUGCGAUUGGUGGAGACGAGGAGCUGGAGGGCGAGGUCACGCUUGAGCAUCUUCCUGAGGCUGUACUGCAGGACAUCAUCUGUAUCUCUGGAUGGCUGGUGGAGUACGGACGCAACCAGGACUUCAUGAACGUGUACUUCCAGAUCCGUUCCAAUCAGCUGGAUCGUUCCAUCAAGGGUCUGAAGGAGCAUUUUCGUAAGAACAGCGCCUCCUCCGCCCUGCUGUACUCCCCCGCCGUACAGACCAAACGAAAGGACACGCCUACCAAAAAGGUUCCGAAACGCCCAGGGACGAUCCGUAAGGCUCAGAACCUGCUGAAACAGUACUCUCAGCAUGGCCUGGAUGGGAAAAAGGCCUCUAACCUCACUCCUCUGGAAGGUUACGACCACGAGCCGCGUGGGGUUAAGCACCUGUCGGAGGCGCUGAGCGACAAGCACGGGGUCUCAGCAGGGAAGGACGAUGUUCUGGACGUGGAGAUCGACUCAUAUAUCCACUGCAUCAGUGCGUUCGUGAAGCUGGCUCAGAGCGAGUAUGCCUUACUGGCCGAAAUCAUUCCUGAACACCACCAGAAGAAGACCUUUGACUCUCUCAUACAGGAGGCGUUGGAUAACCUGAUGCUGGAUGGAGAUAAUAUCGUCACAGCGGCACGCAGAGCUAUAAUGAGACACGAUUACUCAGCCGUCCUCACCAUCUUCCCCAUCCUGCGCCACCUCAAGCAGACCAAACCCGACUUCGAUGCCACGCUGCAGGGUACCGCAGCCAGCACUAAAAACAAGCUGCCGACUCUGAUCACCUCGAUGGAGACGACCGGAGCCAAAGCGCUGGAGGAAUUCGCCGACAGCAUCAAGAACGAUCCGGAUAAAGAGUACAACAUGCCUAAAGACGGAACUGUACACGAGCUCACCAGCAACGCGAUUCUUUUCCUGCAGCAGUUGUUGGAUUUUCAGGAGACGGCAGGAGCUAUGCUGGCCUCUCAGGUUCUCGGGGACACUUACAAUAUUCCUUUAGACCCCCGAGAAACGAGCUCUUCAGCUAGCAGCUACAGCUCCGAGUUCAGCCGCAGACUGCUCAGCACCUACAUCUGUAAGGUGUUGGGAAACCUUCAGCUGAACCUGCUGAGUAAGUCCAAGGUGUAUGAGGAUCAGGCUCUGAGUGCCAUCUUCCUCCACAACAACUACAACUACAUCCUGAAAUCUCUGGAGAAGUCUGAGUUGAUCCAGUUGGUUGCUGUGACCCAGAAGAAAGCCGAGAGUUCCUACAGAGAACUGAUCGAACAGCAGAUUCUGAUAUACCAGCGCAGCUGGUUGAAGGUAACUGACCAUCUGACUGAGAGGAACAUGCCUGCAUUUCAACCUGGAGCCAAGCUAAAAGACAAAGAACGUCAGGUCAUCAAGGACAAAUUCAAGGGAUUUAACGAUGGUCUGGAGGAACUCUGUAAGAUUCAGAAGGUCUGGGCCAUUCCUGAUAAAGAACAGCGUGACACCAUCAGAUACGCUCAGAAACAUCUCAUCUCCAACGCGUACAGGGCUUUCCUACACAGAUGUGCCAACAUUGCCUUCACGAAGAACCCGGAGAAGUACCACAAGUACACGCCGGAGCAUGUGGAGGAGAUGAUCGACAGACUGUUCGACACCUCCGCCUAAACCCGGCCCACUAGACGCUGCUCAUCCCGUCGUGCUGCGCUCACUUGAUCCAACUCUGUACCCAGUUCUGUUCAUGUGUAAAUGAAUCCUGUACAUAAUCAGAUCUCACGCAUACAAUUCAAUAAAGUGAAUCGUAACAUAACACA